CGCAGCGGGACAGGUUGUCCAGUCGCUGCAGAAGAAGAUGGCCCUUUGACAAGCGAACAGCCUCAUGUACUAAACCUAAAAGUAACGACACGAGCUUAACUUUUACGCGUAGUUUUGUGAGGUUGUGGUUUAGUUUAGAGUGUUAGUGUCAAAAUGAUCCUGACCGUAAAACCGCUUCAAGGGAAGGAAUGCAGCGUGCAGGUGACUGAAGAUGAAAAAGUUGCCACAGUGAAGGAGCUUGUGUCCGAACGUCUCAACAUUCCUGCAAACCAGCAGCGGUUGCUCUACAAAGGAAAAGCUCUUGCAGAUGAGCACAGACUGAGUGAUUACUCCAUUGGACCAGAGGCUAAACUGAAUCUGGUGAUCCGUCCAGUGGGGGAGAGGAGUGCAGCUUCAGGAAUGGCCACCAGCAGCAGCAGCAGCAACCUACGUGGAGGAGUAUGGCAGACUGUGUCCACAGUACUUGCGAGACACUUUAGUCCAGCAGAUGCAGCUAAAGUCCACGAACAACUUAUAAAGGAUUAUGAACGUUCACUUAGGCAACUUAGCCUCGAUGACAUCGAGCGCUUGGCAGGAAGACUCCUCCACCCAGACGGCGAAGGCAUGGACACUUCAUACAUGGACUAAGAAUAUCUACCUGUACUUUGCUUUUUUGUGAAUGUCUUUUUUUAAGAGGCGCUCAGUGCCCUGAAUGCACCUAGCAGCAUGUAGAGUGUGAAGAGUGGAAAAUACCGUUUGAGUUUUCUUGCACAGAACGGCUGGUGUGAGUUUAGGCAGUGUCCGAGUCAACACGGAUAAUGACUGUCUCGACAGUAGGGCUUCUCUUAUCCACGACCAAAAAUAACAGUUGGAUAAGACCAAGUGACUUUGAUGUCUCAGUCAGGACACAAGACCUUAUCGUUUAAUAUUUAUACACAAAGGAGUCCAUUCAUUUUGUUUGUUUCAUGUGAUGUCUGGCUGCUGCAACUCCCAGGGGACACUAACGUCGACUGGAGGGUAUUUGUUAAUCAUGCCUGCGUUGGAUGACGAUGCAAAAGUUACACAUGUUUUAUCCUGCAUCUAUUUGACUGUCAUUGUAUGAUUUGUAAAUAUCUUUGUAUAUACCUACAUUAAAACUGGAAAAAUACAAAAGA